CACUGUGUGCUGUGGUUUCCGUAGGUUUUCUCCUUAAUCUUUCCUUCUUGCACGCAGCUUCGGUUCCCUCCGGCCGCCGCCGCCGGAGACUCCACACCCUCCGCCGUCGUCGACCCGCCGGAGCCACGCAGAAAACAGAGGGCAGGAGAUGUGGUACCUUUGCGUCUUCUACCACAGGCUCCUCGACUACCGGCGGCCGGAAGUGCAGUCGCUCGCCGAGCUCUUCGGCGGCCCCGGCGCCGGGGCCGCUGUAGAGUGGCGUAUGCCCGAUAAUCACCACGAGGACUCCCCCUUCCACCUCGUUCUCCUCCCCGGCGACGAGCGUCUUGCCGCGCAGAUCGCCAACCGCAGCCUGCUCGUGAAGGGGAUCUAUGAGCUGUGGGGGCACGGUGCCACCUACGACGAACUGGAGAAGGCGAUACGGGCGUACCCCGACGAAAGGAAGCUGCCGUACCUGACGCCGGAGAGCUCGUUCAAGAUUGUCGUCGACAGCUUCGGCAAGGCCGUCAGCUUCGAAGAACAGAAUGCCAUUAUAAAGCGGUUCACUUACAUUCCAUUUGAGGGCCGUGUUAAUUUGAAGAAGCCCGAUCACAAGUUCUUUGUCUUGGAGACUGAUGAUUAUGGGUCACAAAAUGGCCUUCCACCAGUUUCUCAGAAGACGGUAUUCUUUGGCCGGCUGGUUGGAGCAGCAGAUAGGCAUGUAGUGCCGACGUAUGAGUUGAAGAGCAGGAAGUACAUUGGUCCGACAGCAAUGGAUUGUGAAAUGGCGUUUCUCAUGGCCAACCAAGGCCUCGCACGGCCUGGGAAACUUGUGUAUGACCCUUUUGUUGGCACCGGGAGCAUUUUAGUGGCUGCUGCACAUUUUGGAGCCAUGACUAUGGGUGCAGAUAUUGAUAUAAGAGUUGUGCGGGAUGGUCGUGGCCCUCAUUGCAAUAUUUGGAGCAACUUCGAGCAGUACAAGCUGCCAGAGCCUUUGUGUGUGCUACGAGCAGAUAACAACCUGCCACCUUGGCGUCCAGGACUGAAGGAGAUAUUUGAUGCAAUCAUCUGCGACCCCCCAUAUGGUGUCCGAGCUGGUGGGCGGAAGUCAGGUGGUCGGAAGCUCCUAAAAGGCAUCAUCCCUCCGUACAUAGUUCCGGACGAGAAGAGAGAGAACCAUAUUCCAUCAACCGCACCCUACAGUCUUGCAGAAUGCGUUCAUGACCUCCUCCUCCUCGCUGCGAGAAUGCUGGUGAUUGGUGGCAGGCUGGUCUUCUUCUAUCCGGUCUUGCGGGAUGAUGAUGUUGCCGACGUAGCAAAAUUUCCGGAGCACCCCUGCUUCAAGCUGGUCUCCUCCUGCGAGCAGAUCCUAAGCCUGCGGUACAGCCGGGUUCUGCUGACGAUGGUGAAGGUCGGGCCGUACACAGCAGAGGUCGAGAGGAUAGGCGAGGAACGGCACCAGGAGUUCAGGGAGAACCACCAGAAAUGGAUGGAGGAGGGCAACCUGCACUCCGCUGUCUUCAGCCCGGCGGAGCAUGAUGGGAAGCCCAAAUUUGAUAAAGAUUCCAAGCCGAAGUACAGAGGCAAGUACGUGUAGUGACGAAAACACUCUGGGAUGACAGUUUUGUUAUCUUUCAGUAAGGGCUGUUGUGUGGCUUGUGCUGGGUUUACAAGCUAGCGCCAGUUAGUGCUGGGAGCUGUAUGGUGUACUCUCAACUUGAUAUUAUGUCACGCUUGCUCAUUUUGAUGGGGGGCGGUAGUUUUCUUUCACUUCUUUUUCCUACCUCGCGUUUCUGGCUACUGCUUAGUUUCCCGUUCUUUUCAGUCUAAGGGCAAGUCUAAUCCAUCCCAAGAAAACCUUUACUCCUA